UGCUUGCUACUCAUGUGAUCUUGGGUCAGUUACUUGGCCCAACUUUGGUUUCUUAAUAUAUAAAGAGGAGAUACCAAUAUCUGCAAACAGGAUUCUCGUGAGGAUAUGAUACGGUAUUUAUAAAGCACCUAAAGGAAAAUAGAGACUCAAAAAAUGAUAGCUACCUUAAUUAUUUUUCCAUAUUGUAUAACAGGGACAUUGAGCAUGACAAAUCAGUCUUUGUCUUAUAAUAGUAGCUGAGUAAAUAUUCUUUAAAAAGAAUGUGACUUCUGACUUCGACAUGUGAAUCUCAUUUGCUUUGAAUCAAUUACAAUGUGGAAAAUUUGAGCUGUGUAAGCAGCUAGAACAUAGUAUUAUUCAGAUCAUCACCUUGGGUUUGAAUUUCACUUAAGCCUGUUAGCUCUGUUUUAGGGCCACAGACUAUAUACCUACCUCAGUCCUCCUCACAACUACCUUACAAAUAGAUGCCUUUAUGCGCAGGUAAGAUCAAAUAAGAAAAGUUUGUCUCACUGAUGUCUUAAUGUUACCUUUACAUUCUAAGCUAAUAUGUUUGCCUAGUUAAGACCCAAAUGUAAAAGCAGCACGAAACAAUGUUUAGAAUUAUUUUUGUUAGUCUACAAAUAAUGUCUGUUUUCAUAUAAAUUCAUUGCUUGUGAACAAUGAGUAACUGUUCAUGCUGAAGACUCAAGGGUGUUUACCUGCAGGAAAGUAUGCCGUCAAGAGUGGAAAUACAGGUUUUCCUGCUCUCCCACAGUUCUUAUUUCUGAAAUGACUGCUAAUACCUCCUCAAACUGAUAGAUAAGGGAAACUAAAGGAUAGCUAAUGCAGAAAGGUUUUUUUCUCUGGCUUUGGGCUUCUUUCCUGGUGUCUUCUCCCUGGAGAGAAGGACCUUUGCAAGGAAUGUUAACCAAGUUUCUUCGUUUAUUGACCUAGAUGUUCUCGUUAGGCCAGUGUGUGGUAAUCAGUCCAUAUCUGUUCAGGGUUAGUAAAUGCUUCUUGGUUUGUUGGUAAAAAGAUUGUCAUGGUUUGUGUGACAGGCUCCAUUCAGGUAUUGAUGGACCUAGGGAAUCCCAAAGCAUUCAGAUCUCUUUUUGUUUUCACCAUUCUAUAUUUUAAGAAUAUCUUGGUGUCUGUCAUAUGGACAGAUCAGCAGGGCUCUUUGGCAUUGUGAUUCUAGGAACUAUUCAGUAAGUUUAAUUUAAAGGUUUUAACGACUGCUUACUAGGUUUUGAAGUAUUGCAUAGCUUAAAGUGAAGCUAUGAACUAUUCCCUUUAAAUUUUAACAUGUAAGACAGAAAUGUGUAUGGCUAGAAAGGAAUCAACCUGUAAUUAAAUGUGAAUGUGUUAAGUGAAAUUUUGUGUUCAGUAUCUGGAUACAUAAGCACUACUUCGUUUGAGAAGGUGAUCUUUUCUUACUACUACCUGCCCAGUGCCUGCAUUGCUACCUGGCAUGUAGAAUACUCUUAGUGAAUAUUUACUGAAUGAGUAAGUGAAUAAAUGAGUAACUCUGGGUCCAGAUGUAGGAUAAUGGUGACAGAGACUUAAAUAGAAAUGAAUAAACCUGGGAUAUUUUGUUUUCCUUAGUAACUUGCUGAUUUUCUUCCUAAUUGUAAAUAAUCAUAUACAUAUAUGCAUUUUGACAUUGUGCCAGUUUGCUUUCCCUCUAACAGUAUGAGAAAUGCCUGUUUACCUACAGAGUCUGGUUCUUAGCCUUUUUUCUGUGAGCUCAAUCUCAAAUUAGGACAAAGCAUUUAUGAAAUUUUAAUAUUAUAUUUAAAUAUAUUAUAUAUAAAAUACAAUUAUAGGAGAAUUUUCUUCUCUUAGUUCUCAGAAAUCAAGGUAUCCUUCUGAUAAGAAACCCCUCGAAUAUAACAAAUCAUCUUGAUAUAUUUCUCGAAGCUAUAGGUUUCUCCUUAAAACCAGAUCCUUAAAUAGAACAAACACUUGUUUUUAAUCGUUGAAAACAUUUUCGAAGAAUAUUUUUAUCAUUCCUUACCUCCUUGUUAUUUAUGUGGCUCAGAAAGCAAACACCUAACUUUUUGCUACCAAGGUAUUGAUGUCUCAUUGGAUAAUAUAGAUAUGUAUAUGGGUGGGUGAAUAGGUAGGUCGGUUUAAGAGAACAUGAUAAUAUGCCCUUAUGAUAGUCUAAGAUGAGAGACUUUUAAAAAUAUAACAAUUUUAUCUUCUGAUUAGAAACAUAAUACAUACUUUAUGCAGAAACUUAGUAUAUACAGCAACAUCAAAAGAGGGGAGAUUACCAUUGAUUGGAAGAGAUUUUGCUUUUUUAACAUCAGGUUUUUUUCUUACACUUCUGUCCAAUCUAGAAAGUCAGAUUUUUGUAUCUUGGAGAAGGAAAUUUUAAAUGCCUGAAAGUAUGAUAUUUAACUUGAAAAUCUGCUUUAGCUUUUUCUUAAAACACCACCACCCUUUAGCAGAGUAAAGGAUUUUAGUAGCUAGAUGUAUGACGAUAAAAGAUUCGAGGUAAAUUAUGUACUUGUUACAUUAAUCUGCCUCUUUUAUCAUCUUUGCUGUGGAGUAUUACCCAGUGUUAAUUGUCCUCCUAUUAUCCAUCCCUUUUAUCCCAAAGGGAGGGAAUUGAUGAGGAUAUGUGCAUUGUGUUAUGUCUGAUCACAGUUUGACUAGCACAGUCUGGAAGUGGGUUGUACAGGAUGAGAGCAGCAGCCUAAUUGCUCUCCCUGCAUCAGCAGCAUCUAUAAAGCAUCCUGGGAAUUGCUCGCCCUACGUUCGGAGCAGCUGGUCACAUGAGCCCGGAUUUUCAGUUCAGUUCAUUAGUCAGCCAUUUUGGUCAACACCCUGCUUACUGCGCACAACCAAUCCUGUUAGAACUCAGCAUCCCAGCUCAUCUGAGCAGAUCCUGGAAGUGAUUUCUGCAGUUCAGGAUUUUUUUAAGCUAAAUUGAAAAUAUUGGUUUAUUUUUGGUUUUUUGUUUUUUGGGGGGUUUUUUUUGUAUUUUUUCCUGCACAAAGGAGGCUUUUUCACUUAUUCAUGCAGAGGCCAGUUUUUUAAAGCCAGCGAAGGUGGCAUCGGCUGUGCAGGAUUUAAAGCCUACAGCUCAGCUGAAAAAGGAGGGGGUAGGGAAGGGCAGAUCAAAGGAGAGAAGCUGGGAGAAAACCAGGAAUCCUCUUAUUUUGCUAUGUGGUAGGAACUGUCUAUGAGACAAGAUAGUGUAGAAUUUUUUAUCUUGAGCCAUUGGUUCUUAAACCGUAAGGUAUUUUUCCUCGUGUUUUGUUUUAAUCUCCCCCACCCUUUUCCUUGAGAGCUUUGUUCCAGAGCUUUGGAUUUGGGGUUUUUUGGGCAGGAGGUUUUAUUUAUUUUUGUUGGGGUAAGUGUGUGCGCGCGCGUGUGUGUGUGUGUGUGCGUGUGUGUGUUGUGUGUUGUGGUCCCAGCUGAGUCAUCAUGUCUGCUCUGACGCCUCCAACCGAUAUGCCAACCCCCACUACUGACAAGAUCACACAGGCUGCCAUGGAGACCAUCUACCUUUGCAAAUUCCGAGUGUCUAUGGACGGAGAAUGGCUCUGCCUGCGAGAGCUGGAUGACAUCUCACUUACACCUGACCCAGAGCCUACCCAUGAAGACUCUUGGGAGGAUUUGACAGAUUUGGUGGAGCAAAUGCGCGAUGAUACAGAAGAUCCUAAUUAUCUCAUGGCUAACGAACGCAUGAACCUAAUGAAUAUGGCCAAGCUGAGUAUCAAGGGCUUGAUUGAAUCUGCUCUAAACCUGGGGAGAACUCUGGACUCAGACUACGCACCUCUCCAGCAGUUCUUCGUGGUGAUGGAGCACUGCCUGAAACACGGCUUGAAGGCAAAGAAAACUUUUCUUGGACAAAAUAAAUCCUUCUGGGGGCCUCUAGAAUUGGUAGAAAAGCUCGUUCCAGAAGCUGCCGAGAUAACAGCAAGUGUUAAAGAUCUUCCAGGACUUAAGACACCAGUAGGCAGAGGAAGAGCCUGGCUUCGUUUGGCAUUGAUGCAAAAGAAACUCUCAGAAUAUAUGAAAGCUUUGAUCAAUAAGAAGGAACUUCUCAGUGAAUUCUAUGAACCCAAUGCCCUCAUGAUGGAAGAAGAAGGAGCCAUAAUUGCUGGUCUCUUGGUGGGUCUGAAUGUCAUUGAUGCCAAUUUUUGUAUGAAAGGAGAAGACUUGGACUCUCAGGUUGGAGUUAUAGAUUUUUCAAUGUAUCUCAAGGAUGGGAACAGCAGUAAAGGUAGUGAAGGAGAUGGCCAGAUUACUGCAAUUCUGGAUCAGAAGAACUAUGUAGAAGAACUCAACAGACAUCUAAAUGCUACGGUAAACAAUCUUCAGGCAAAAGUGGACGCAUUAGAAAAAUCCAACACUAAACUGACAGAGGAGCUUGCAGUUGCAAACAACAGGAUUAUUACCUUACAAGAAGAAAUGGAACGAGUUAAAGAGGAAAGUUCCUACAUAUUGGAAUCCAAUCGGAAGGGUCCUAAGCAGGACAGAACUUCAGAAGGGCAAGCACUGAGUGAAGCCAGAAAGCAUUUAAAGGAGGAGACACAAUUGCGACUGGAUGUCGAAAAAGAACUGGAGAUCCAGAUCAGCAUGAGACAGGAGAUGGAAUUGGCUAUGAAGAUGCUGGAGAAGGAUGUCUGUGAGAAGCAGGACGCCCUGGUGUCUCUGCGACAGCAGCUGGAUGAUCUCAGGGCUCUCAAGCAUGAACUUGCCUUUAAACUGCAGAGUUCAGACUUAGGAGUAAAACAGAAAAGUGAAUUAAACAGUCGUUUGGAAGAGAAGACUAAUCAGAUGGCUGCUACCAUCAAACAACUCGAACAAAGUGAAAAGGAUUUGGUGAAACAGGCAAAGACCUUAAAUAGUGCAGCAAAUAAACUGAUCCCAAAACAUCAUUAGGCAUUUUGCAGUUGGUCACCUCUCAAGUCUGAAGUACAACUUAAUUGUAAAGAAAGAAAUCUGAAAGUUAUUACAUUUAAGUUCUGAUUCUAUAUAAAAUGUCACCAAAAAUUGACUCUGAAUUUGUUGGAUUUAAAAAAAAAAAAUUGAUAUAUAGGCCGUGGGUUUUUUUCUUCUUUAUUUUCUCCCCAGAGUUAGAACAUUUAGUGUAGGUUCUUAAUUAAUUGCCAAAUAAACUUUGAGAAAUUACAUCUGAGUUGACCAAUAAAUAAACACACCAUUAAAAAAAAAAAAAAAACACCUAGGGAUUGGACCCUGUGUGCAUAUAUUAUUGAUGCCUUUGCAACUCAGCCCCAGACAAUAUCAGAUUCUAGGUGCGCUGUCUGUACCAAUGAGCCUGCUGUGCCACUGCGAGUGGUGAACUGGAGGUGACAGCGUAUGGACUUGAACUCUUCUAAAGUAGCUCUGUCUCCUAGGCCAUGGCCCCUUCCCACUUUCCUUGUGUAGGUUUACCCCCCAAGCCACGGAUAAGUACUUAGUAUUUCACUACAGUUCUGUUCUCAGUAACUAAGAUUGCUUGCAACUUUUUUGCCUUAGUGACUUUUGGGGGGAAAACCCGCAUCCUUACAUUUCUUUAAAGUACAUAGAGAUAAAGUUAGUGAUUUAGGUAACUUAUGAUAACAUAAUAAUGUGGAAGCUUGGAAAACCCUCCUAAUAUUUGUCAUCUUCUACCUCUGCCAUUUUCCUGCAAUUCCACUUCCUAUUUAGGUAGCUCAGAAAAAAUAAUUUUAAUGAAAAAAACUCAUCUCCUAUAAAAAAACAAACAAACCGCACAACACUACACAAUUUUCAAAUCUAUCCUGCUUUUCCUUUUGGAGUAAAGACAACAAGGUAUAGACAUGGGUGAUGGUUUUCCACUGUCAUUUCUUGCUAGAAACAUUUCCUCCAGAGUUUCUAUUACUUUCUGUUCCGAAGGGAGAUUUGCUAACAUCUCCGGGAAACUAACCAUCUAAUUAUUAGAGAACCAUUUCAGCGUAGGAAAUACAUGAUAAACUCUUUAUUAUUAUUUAGUCUAAAAAUAAAAAUUCCCAGUAGAUAUCCAUACACAGUAAUUAGCAGGGCUUCUUUUUCUAAGUGACCACAGAUCUACCCCUUUCUAGGCUUUACAUUGUAAAUAAUCCUAUAAAUACUUGGAUUUUUUUUAAUGACUUUUGAUUUGGGGGAACAAGCUUUACAUAAGCCUUCAUUCCUUCAAAAAGUUUUGACAAAAAUUUUCUCACUUUGAUAUGAUUUGCAGCAUUUCAGCUGCUUAGGUGGGAACAAAGAUAACCCCCCUUUGCUUCUAGCUUUUGAAACUCUUUACCUUCUUGGAAAAAAAACAGAAUUAAGAGAGUAAGACAGAUUUCAUGUGUGCUUCUGUAGAUCCUUACAGACUUGAACCAAAGUCAAGUCAAAGAGCAUAUGACCAACCUCAUGGAAUAACCUGUGCUCUUGAACUUAUUUUAGUUGUUAUAAUUUUGCACCUGUUCGUACCUUCAUCAACCUUUUGUGGUGAUGAAUUGCCUUUUCUAUGAGCAUUUGGGAAGAGUGCUCAAACACUAAAGCAUUUCAAAGACUACAGAUAGCAUGCUUUCCAGUUCUAUUCUAUAGAGCCCCAGAUGUUUCACCUUUUAGAACAUGCUUCUUUAGAGGUGCAAAGUUAUGGGAUAUAUAGAAGAAAAUAUUCAUUAGAAUUUUCCAGAGAAUAUGAUCAGGACUCUUAUAUAGACCCGGUGCGAAGUUGUUUGUCCACUUAGUCACACACCACCUGGUAGGAAUGGAAAAGGAAAGAGAUGGCCAAACUCUGACAGAGGCUUUUCCUUUUAGAAGAACUCAAAGCCUAGGUAAGGGUUAAUGUAUAAUGUCAGUGAUUUAAUAUAAUUGUGAUAUAGGGAAGGGACCAGGAAAAUGUUCUAAUUUCACAUGUAAGAAGGUAGUUGCCCGUUUGCAAGUUCCAGUUGUGUGUGUAAAGCAGAAAUAUAAGGUACCAAACCUAUUAGGAAAUAAACACAAACAAAAAAGUGGAUUUGACUUUAAUUACUGUGUACUUGAGGUUGGUUUUGGAUAUGGAUUUUCUAAAAAGUGAUGUUUUAUUGUUUAUCAUCUAAUGGCUGUAAACUGUAGUACUAGAAUAAAAAAAAAUGGAAAAUCAA